GACAUUUCACUUAUUAUUGCAUGUAACGUCAAUAAGCGAAAGUCAAGAGCGGAAAAGUUUACCAAAUUGCCGAUUUUGGUAAAAAUCUAACAACUGUGGCAACCGCGGUCGUGUCGUUGCAUUCCGAUUGUGUGCAUUUGUAAUUGAAGAAGAUUUAAUGAAUGAAUAAAGUUUUCAAUUGAAGUUUAUUAAUGAAAAUAUAAAAGAGUGUUGAAGAAGAAAUCAAUUUGUUAAACAAAAAUUGCCGGUCAACAAUACUCAAUCUCAUCCGUGUGUGUGUGAAAUUUGUUUAAAAAUGAUUUUAAGAUUUCUAAUAUUCAAUGCAUUGUUGGCAUUGUGUGCUGCGACGGGCACCGCACCCCUCUUUGCUCCGCUUGUGCCCUUCGAAAGUCAACAUUAUUUUUCGCUGGUCAAUAAAGUCACGAUUAAAGAGAUGACACAUGCUUCCAGCGAAGAGACCAGUUACACAUUCAAAACAUUACUCAAAGUCAAUUCCGUGUGGAGCAAGGAUAAGGAUCAGCUGCUACAAUUGUACUUCACCGAAAAUCAAGUCUCCACCACGGACAAAAAGGGCCGGGAGAAAAUCCAACAAAUUCAUAAAAUACCUGACAGGCCAUUCUAUAUUGGUUUUGAAGGUCAUGGUCCGACCAAGGUACUUGCUCACUCCUACAAGGAUCAAUCUUUGUUGAAUUUGGAAAAGGGUAUUGCAUCGUUGCUGCAGUUGCAAUACAAAGUCGGACCCAUGGUUGAGGUUGAUUCAUCCGGUAUGUGUAAUGUUUUCUAUAAUGCCUCGUCCACCAGGCGAGUGGAGAAGAAGAAAAUCGAUUGUUCCGGUUGGGAUUUGAAAAUGGCCUAUCGUUCUGAGAGGGCGUUGGAUAUUUCCAGAUUAUCCUCGGAAAAAGUUGAUUUCGAUAUUUCUCCUGAAGGUGCCUUGUUGCAGGCCCAUUCUGUGGAGGUUCAUAAACUAUACUUAACUGCUCAACCAGAAAUUGGUACAUUGAUUGAAUCGGUUACCACCCUCAAACAUGUUGAAGAAUCUUCCGAACACUUGGAACAGUUACAAUUUGAAAGUCUCAGUGAGGCUGUAGAAAGUUUAUUGGACUGGUAUCGGGACUUUGGCAUAGAAUCGGAUGUUGAUGGUGCCAUAUCUGAGUUUGGACCUGUAACGCUUAAAAAUGAAAUAAAGAAACAUGCCCAACAACUUUCGAACAAACAGAUUGGCCACAAAGAACUAGCCGAAGCCUUUGCCCGUUUGGUGCCGUUGGCUCGUAUUACCCACCACGAUGAAUUUGUGGAGAUUUUACAAAACCACAAAGAUCUCCAUCCACAACUGGUGGAUCUAUUGGGUGCUACUCAAACCUUUGAGGCCCACAAGGCCAUUAAUAGUACGUUCAAAUAUAACAGCUUGGGAGAUUUCGAUUUGCUGGAGAAAUAUCUUCAGUCCUUGGCUGUGGGCACUCAUCCGGAGCUGGAAAUUGUUCAAGAUCUUUUUGAGAUUGCCAAGUCCAUGGAUGAUUCACCGCUCUUCAAGAAAAUCAAAAGUACCGUCGUACAAUGUAUGUCCUCGCUGGCCCAUCACUUUGAACGUGAAGUAAUUGAAAUCGAUAUUCGUGGUUAUUUGACACAACAAUUGAAAAAGGAUUGUGGCAAGGAUAUCGAUUGUAAACUACUUAUGAUUCGUGGCUUACAGAAUGUACUGGAUCAAAAGUCAAUAGAACCCUUAAUGGGUUAUGCAUUUUUGGCCGAAGAUAAACUGGCUGUUGCUGCCAUGCAGGCUUUGCGUCGUUUCUCGGUUAUGCAUUUCCAUGAACCCCAUCGCUUGGCCUUUACUUUAAUUUUCUUUCAAAAUCGUAAGAAGUACCCCACAUCGGCGAGGACCAUUGCCUUGGAUAUUCUGCUGGAUAUGCGUCCAACCAAAGAACAAUUGGGUCAUAUCUUGGAUUAUUUAGCCUCAAAUGAUCAUCAUUUUGAAAUCAAAACCUAUGUUAUACAAAAGCUGAGGACCUAUGCUGAAAUACAUCCUAAAUUUAAGGCUCUGCUGCAAAUGUGCCUCAACGAGAGGCCACACAUUAAUAACUAUCAUAUUUUGGGACAGAAGGGUUUCACUUCCGUCCUGGCAAGACCUUUAUCUUCCUCGCCGGCCUUCAAUGAAACACUUUUGAGUGUACAAGAAGUUCACAAGGGAGUGCUGAGACGAGGUUCGGUAGAAUUAUUACUGACCGCAGGCGAAUGGGCAGCCAGCACUUUUAAGUUGGGCAUCUUCACCAACGGUUUGGAGUCAUUUAUGGGUGGUAACAAUGAGGUGGAUGGUGAACUGGAAGAUGACGAUGAAGAGGAGAAAGAGUAUGAUCCAAUUUCUGCUGGCAUGGAAAUUUCGGUCAAUGGUAUUCUACAUCGCCCCUUAAUUUUCUUUACGGGCAAAGCGGAAUUAAUGAGCCACAUUUGGAGCGGUACUGUCUCCGAACCAACACCAGCUUUCCAGGGUACAAUGUUGGGACAUGAUCAUGAACAUUAUUUGUUGUUGACCUCAGGUGCCACGGCCCAUUUUACUGUGAUUGGUGCCAGAUCGGUGGAUUUGAAUGGAAAAGCUGGCUUUAGUCUUUGGAAUCGCAAUGCCAAUACGGAAAUCAAACAAGAAACUGGCAAUGCUGUUUUCGGCAAGGUCAAAGUUGGAUUCACCUAUGCCACUGUCACCCAUGAAUUUGUGUAUUCCUAUGAGCCCAAAAUUGUGCUGCAGGCCCACAUUGAUUUCUAUGAUGAGCUGAAAUUGUGUAUGCGUUUGCAGCGUCCAGAAAUGUUUAUAAAUGUUAAAAACACCAAAUCUGCAGCGCUACAUUCCACUUUCGACUACGUGAAAACCGUUCACAAGAAUUAUUCACAAAAAAUACCCGGCUACACAAUUGCACUGAAUCAAAAGAACAAUAAUAUGUGUAACAUGGUUGCCAAAGAUUUACAACAUUAAGGAAAGAUAACUAAACUGAUGUUCCUAAGUUUCAUUAGGAUAUAUAUUCGCACUCGCACACAAAAACCCAGCAUUUCUACACAUAUCCCAUUGCUCUACCUCGAUGAAUGAACAAAUUGAAUUUGGGAAAGAUAAUUCCUCCGGUUCAUGUUUAAAUGUUUUCAAAGAAAAAAAGGAUUGUUUAUUUUUUCGUUAAAAUUUUUUUCUACUACGAACAAAAGACUCAUUUAUUUUUUAUAUAGAUUUUGUGUAAUUAUAUAUAUAUGUAUGUAUAGAACAAAGCUAAGCUUAAUAAUCUUUAUAAAAUACUCAAUAAAA